ACGGCAGAUCACUGUUAGUUCUCCCUAGGUCGUGGCUUGGCUUCCCUUCGUUUGGCUUCGUUCUUUCGAUUCAUUUCGCGGGAGCCAAGUCGUGGACUUCAUUCUGUCAUUUGGAUCGCUCUGUCGUUAGUUCUCUUUACACUUGCCACAACAUGGAUUUCCCUCGUUAUUCCCCAGAGUCCACGCCCGACCAGCCCACCCAGAGUCCAGAUCCCAAGCGACGCCGCUUAGCCCCUCCCUCUCGGCUGGAAGCCGUUCAGCUUGAAGGACAGUCAAGCGAGGUGACUUCUGUAGAUCUAACGGAAAACGAAGAAGUGUCGGAAAUAUCGAAAACGCAGGCGAAGCAGCGGGCAGAUGCCAUCCUGGCACAACAGUCCCUCGAACCCAAAAAUACCGAGUCGAUCUUUGCUGCUUAUAAGUGCCCUGUAUGUAUGGAUACUCCAGUGGAUGCCACGAGUACUGUGUGUGGACAUCUUUUCUGUCACAAAUGCAUCACCGAUACAUUAAAAUUUAGUGAAGAACGGUCAGUCUCAACCAGCAAAGCGCCAAAAGGCACCUGUCCAGUCUGUCGAAAACCGCUAUCAAGGAACGAUGUCUCGGGUCCGAAACGACAUUUGAUACCUCUGCAGAUAAAGUUACUUCGUCGCAAGAGAAGGGAGGGGGAUAACACAGCCCCGUGAGGGAUGAUUCGCACUAUCCGAUUCCAGGUCGGGCUUGCAGACUGCGUAUGCCCUGACAUCUCGCAACUGACCUAGGGGAUCAAUCGAAUCAGUCUACCAUCCGAGUACUUCUCCGUUGCUCGG